CCAGAAGCAGCAGGCAUUUAAUUUUCCACAUCUAAAAAUACUCAUAAACUAUUCACUGCCCAGUGAAGUUCAAAACUCCAUAGCAAUAUAUUACCCCAAACUUAGAUUCAAAUUCACCCCAAGAACCAUCCAAGCUCCUUCUCAAUUUGUUCUUCCUCUUCCUCUUCAUCUGCUGCAAAACUCUCUCUCUCUCUCUCUCUCUCUCUCUCUCUCUCUCUUCUGGAUCCUUUGUCUCCCCCACCUUCACCUUGAGAUCUUCACCUCACAAAUCAGAACCUACCUCUCUCUUUCUUCACCCACUAUAUAACCCACUUCUUAACCCCAUAGCUUUUAGCUUCUCUGAUACUCAUCUCUCUCUGUUUUCCUCUGUUUCUUCUGUUCAGAAGCUCCAUUUCAAGCUUCACUGACUCUUUUUCUCGAAUUUCCAAGCUACCCAUUUUCUCUUUUUCGUAAAGUCAUAUUAUUAACAAUGGGUUCCAUAAAAUCCAUUAUGACCCAGCAAAAGCCGGUGCUUCUGAAAGACUAUCUAAUGGACGAUCUCAGCUCCUGCUCAUCCAACGGAUUCAAAUCCUUCCCCCGCCGCCACUGCUGCACAACCAACGUCCGGUUCCUCCUCGACAUGGACCUCAAAUCCUCAUGUCAGCCGUCCAUUCGCAAGAUUAAUCAGCAAACUCCUAAACUCAACAGAAGCCGUUCCAGAGCCUCCGCCGCUUGCGACGCCGUCAUUAACGCCGUUAAAAGCCUGCCGUUUCACUCCGUCAAGCACCCUUCCCCGUCCUUGAGAAAAGGAGUGCUGCUUCUCCCGCGAAGCCUCUCGCGGCGGCUGCGGAGAAAGAGCUUCUGGAGAAAACAGAGCAAGGAAGAAAAACAAGCGGAGAAGAAGGACAACGGACGGUUGAGAUUGUUCCGUGAAUUUCUCCAGGAAAAAUCUGCACCUUCCGAUCAAACCACAGCAAUAACCGCGAUCACAGGCUCUAGACUCUCUACCAGUACCAGAAGCAGUGAGAGUAAAACCGACAGCCGCAGUAACAGUAACUGUAACAGUUGGGGCGGGAGUGAAUUUACCUUAGGCUCCGAGAGUUCGAGUGGAAACGACGUCGUGCUGGGUGAAAGGACGAGUUCAGUUAAAAACAAAGUCAGUGAGAGAGUUGGCGAGGAUUCUGUUUCCGUCGAAAGACCAACAACCACCACCACCUGCUCACCUCAAAACGCAAAGGAGUGGCUAAAUAUUAAAGAGGAGAAGGAACAGUUUAGUCCAGUGUCCGUACUGGAUUGUCCAUUUGAAGACGAAGAUGAUCAGACUAGCUCACCAUUCAGUUGUAGCCUUGCCAGCAUGCAAGGUACCCAACAAAAACUUAUGCAAAAGAUCAGACGGUUUGAAGGCUUAGCUCAAUUGGAACCAGUGGACUUAGAGAAGCGAAUGGAUGAAAUAAUGUCAGACUCAGAGGUAGAAGACGAAGCACCCACGUCACCCUCGGUGGGUGCAAACCAUAACCAUGGAGCCCAAAUUGUUAACAGCACCCAAGAAAAAGCAGGAGAGCUGGUGCAGCUGAUCAAAACAAGUAGUGCCCCAUCAAACAAAUUGGUAACUUUGAAGGUAGAGAAGUUGGUGCUGGAUUUGUGCACGGAUCGAAUGGUCGAAAACAGCGACGAAAAUGUGGUGAUGAAAGAGGUGAUGAAGGUGGCAGAGGAUUGGAUCAAUGGGCAGUCACAGGAGUUGUUGGGAUGGGAGGUGGAAAAUUGUAGGAAAGUUUACGUGAAUGAUAUGGACAAGUACUGUGGGAAUUGGAGGGAGUUGGAGGAAGAGAAACAAGAGGUGGGUUUGGAGUUGGAAGUUGAGGUUUGGAAUUCUUUGAUGAAAGAGUUGUUACUUGAUAUCUUAAUCUAGAUUAUUACGAGUAGCAAUUUUCACACUUCCAUUUUAAUUUUUAAUGCUCCUCUACUUGUUUCAUGCUUUGAUCGUUAAUGAGACUUGGGAAUGCGUACGGAUAAAAUGGGAGUGUGAAAAUCGCCACUCAGUUAGAAGAAUGGGAGGUUGUUUGGUCAAUUGGAAGCAUACAGGUCAUUGGCUAGAAUGGCUAAAACCAGCUCGAGAGGAAGGAAACUAUAUAGAUUGAGGACUAGAAGGAACUACAUAUAUCAUUUGGUUCGUCCAAACUUAACCACAUUCAUGGAACAAAAGAAGAGUGAAAUUUUGAAAUUGUUGGCAACUGUUUGGA